UUAACAGGUGGGGGAUGCUUUUCUUGGUAAAUCUGGCAGCAAAAUUGCUUACUUGUGCCGAAUCGUUUAUCUUGUUGCAGUAUGGAUGUUUAGAUAUACAUUUAAUUUCAUAUAUCUUACUAGUCUAAUAAUAUUAAAUUAAGCCAUAUUAGUUUCGAGAUAUAUUUAUUUGUACAAAAAUGUCAUCUAAUAACGUUAAAGGUGUCCCAUCGGAUCGUAUUGUAAAAAGUGUUCCUUUUCCGCCCAGUCAUAAGUUGACUAUUAGUGAAGUCUUUGAUUCCAAAACUGAUAAACCUCGAAUGGAUGUUUUGAAACAACAUUUUGUCUUGGAAGGCAGAUUAGAUGAUAACUGUGCUUUAAAAAUAAUCAAUGAAGGAGCUGCUCUCUUGCGAGCUGAGAAAACUAUGAUAGAUAUUGAAGCACCUGUGACAGUUUGUGGAGAUAUUCAUGGCCAGUUUUAUGAUCUAAUGAAACUUUUUGAGGUUGGUGGACCUCCAGCCACAACUAAAUAUCUGUUCUUGGGCGAUUACGUUGAUAGAGGCUAUUUUAGCAUAGAGUGUGUUCUUUACCUUUGGUCAUUAAAAAUAAACUUUCCCACCACAAUAUUUUUACUACGAGGAAAUCAUGAAUGCAGGCACUUAACAGAGUAUUUUACUUUUAAGACAGAGUGUAAAAUAAAAUAUUCGGAGCGUAUUUAUGAUGCAUGCAUGGAUGCCUUUGAUUGCUUGCCCUUAUCUGCUCUGAUGAACCAGCAGUUCCUCUGUGUUCAUGGCGGACUUUCACCUGAAGUGCACAAUUUGGAUGAUAUCAGAAGGCUUGAUCGAUUCAAAGAACCACCCGCAUUUGGCCCUAUGUGUGAUCUGUUGUGGUCUGAUCCAUUAGAGGAUUUUGGAAAUGAAAAGCACAGUGAACAUUUCAGCCACAACAGUGUUAGAGGAUGCUCAUAUUUUUACAGCUAUGCUGCAUGCUGUGAAUUCUUGCAACAUAAUAAUUUAUUAUCUGUCAUAAGAGCCCAUGAAGCUCAAGAUGCUGGCUACCGUAUGUACCGGAAGAGUCAAACAACUGGUUUUCCCUCUCUCAUAACAAUAUUUUCUGCUCCCAACUACUUGGAUGUUUACAACAACAAAGCUGCAGUGUUGAAGUAUGAAAACAAUGUUAUGAAUAUUCGUCAGUUCAAUUGCUCUCCCCAUCCUUAUUGGUUGCCAAAUUUCAUGGAUGUCUUCACAUGGUCUCUACCUUUUGUAGGAGAAAAAGUAACUGAAAUGCUCCUAAACGUGCUCAAUAUUUGUUCAGAUGAUGAACUGAUGUCAGAAGGAGAUGAUACAUUUGAAGGUGGUGCUGGAAGUGCCCGUAAAGAAGUUAUCAGAAACAAGAUUCGAGCUAUAGGAAAAAUGGCUCGUGUCUUCUCAGUUUUGAGAGAAGAGAGUGAAAGCGUUCUUGCUCUGAAAGGCCUCACCCCUACUGGAACUUUACCCACUGGUGCAUUAUCUGGUGGAAGUUCUGGGUUGCAAAAUGCUCUGGCAGGAUUUUCGCCUCACCGUAAAAUAGCAAGUUUCGAAGAAGCCAAAGGCUUGGACAAAAUCAACGAGCGAAUGCCCCCACGCAAGGAUGCUUUGUCUUCUCCUGGUGGUGAAGAGGCAGGUUUCUUGUCAAAUCGCUCUUCCACUGCACCCAACAAGUCUUGAAAACAUUACUAAUCCAGAAGUCCCAUUGCAGUCGCAUUGUUGUCAAUGUCUUUUUGUGUGUGUGUGUGAUUCUGCGGGUCUGCCACGCCUCUAUGCCGCCCACCUUGUUGAGAGCCCACAAUCUUUUGGAACAAUUGUUUUUUUUAAAACCUCUACUCUUGGCAUGUAUGGAAAGUUUUCACCAUGUUUUUCCUCAAUUGUUUUUUAUAGUUUUUUUCCCUCCUUUUUGUCUAUUGGAGCAAAAUAUUAUUAUUUUUUAAGAUUAAUUGGAAAUUUUUCUUUUCCUUUUCCCCUCUUUAUUUUAGUAACAUAUCCAAUACUAGAAUGAAAAUCUAAUGUCCCUACUUAUGAUAUUUUUUAAUGAAUAUAAUUUGUUUGAUAACUAACUAUUAAGGAAUUAAUGAAAAAAAAAUCUUUCUAAUGUCCUGUUUUCGAAAAAUGUUUGCUAUAUUCAUUGUAUUUUUGGAUUUUUUUUAAUGUAUACUUAAUAAGAGAAAAUGCAAAGAUGGGAUUUACAGGAACUAUUUUAAAAUAUAUAUAUAUAAUAUAAAAAAAAAAAUGUGUGAGAAAUGCAAAUUAAAAUUAGCAUCUAAGGAUUUAUAUUAUAUUUGAAAAAUGCCUGUUAUAAGCUUGUAUAUCAAUAUAUUUUAUACGUGAUAAUUGUAAUUUGUUUGGGAAAAUAUCUCAAAGGAUGAAAAUUAAUGCAUUAUCAUUUAAAUGUAUAUAUGAGAAUUUGUUACAUGAAAAAGAUCUUCAUUAUUUUAUAGUUUUUAUAAGCUUUUUUUAAAAUAUAUAGUUUAUACUUAUAAACUUUAGUAAAUCAGCAUAAAGUAAUCAACUAAGGUUGUUUUUAGAAAAUUUUGUGAGUUUAAAGGGGAUAAAAUAUGAGUAAAUAGAUAUCAAGCAAAUUAAAUUCAGAGAUAAGGUAUAUAAAUUGCUGUGUUCAUUGAAUUUUCAUGUUGAAUUUAAAUUUGAAAGAUUUUUCUUUGUUUAAUUUUUCUUAUUCUUUAAUCUAUCAUACCCUUCUCCUUAUAGAAUUUUUGAGCAAAUUCAUUAUAUUUAAUAAUUUAUUUUUUUCCGAUUACUUUUUUUUUUCUUGGCUGUUGAGUAACAAAGACUGUUUUAUUGGAAGAUAUUCAAAUCCUGUUAUUUAAAUUUGCAAUGAAUAAUCUCUGUGAAUCAUUUUUCUGGACUUUCAGUCUUUCUAAUGCCUUUUUAAAAUAGAUGGAUCUUACUUUUGGCUUUUAUUCUGGUAUUGGAUGAACUAUAAAGGACAUACUAAAUAUUUUUUGUUGUAUAAUUUAAAAUAAAAAUAAUUUGAUGAAAAGAUUUAUUUAAAUAUGAAAGGAACUAUUUUAAUUAACAAGUAUUUUAAUAUAAUUUUUCAAUUUGCAGUUUUUUUGUUUUUUUCCAUACAAAUUUCCACAUAAUUCCAUUUCCCUGCUUUUUCCUCCUUGAAUACGUUACCAACAACUUGCAAAAUAUUUAUUUAUUUUUCUUUCUAAUCUUCACAUAAGAGCACUUAAUUUAUAGAGGCAUUUGAUGUGUGAAUUUUUGAGAAUUUUUUCCCCUUUUGUUAAAAUGUUUGUCAUUUUUUUUUUCUUUUUCUUUUUUUAUCCUUCCAUUAAAUGAACGUGAUUUGAAUGAUUCUACUGAUAUAUUUAUCUAUAUAUAUUUUAAUAUAAUAGGAAGACUUGUGUACUUUAAAAAAAGUAUUUAUUUUAAAGUUACAAAGUAUUUAAUUUUUUUUUCUUUUGAAGUAUUUAUUAACUUAGAUAUUUUUUGGUUUUAUUUUGGAUAUUUUAAUUAGUAUAUAGCUCAUAAUUUCGAGAGAAGUUAGUUAUUUGUUUUUUUAUAUUCAUGAUUAAGAGCUAUUCAAUUUAACAAAUGAUUGUAGAAUAUAUAUAAUAAAAUAAGCUUUUAAGGAGUGCAAUAUAUUUGAAACACACAAUAUUAUAUUUAUGUAUUUCUUGAGUAAAUAUUCUGCUGUGGUAGGCAUAGAACUAUGUGGUUCAAUGUUUUCAGCACUUUAACCGUAAUUUUAUCAUACUUUCUAAUGCUGAAUCGAUCCAGCUAUUUAUAAAGAUAAAAAAAAAAUGGAUUGUUGUUUGUCAAAUAAUUCUACAUAGAUGUUGCAAUUUUCAUUACUGAUUUAUUAAACAUGUAUAUUCAAGAUUUAGAAAUCGGUACCAUUUUAAUUGUGUGUCAUUCAAGCUCUUUAUUAUAGCAACUUGAUUCUGAGUGUUAGAUUACUACUGGGAACUUUAAGCUAACUUAUUGAUGUAUUGCAGGCUAUUUAUGUGGAACUUGCACAGUAUUAAAAUUUCUUUGAAUUGUUUGAAUGUAAACAGAUCUUUCUGAUCAGAAAUGAGAUAAAAAGGUAAAGAAUUCAUGUAGGUGCAUUGCACAUCCCAUAUUAAGCCUGUAAUUAACAAUUUUAUUGAUUUUUACAGUUGGAUUUAUUUAAAUGCUAUGAAUUUUCAAUUGCACUGAAACAUUUCUCUUAAAUAUAUGUAUAAAAAGUUUGUUUUGGAAUUCUCUAUUUUGUUUUAUCAAACUAUUAAAUAGUGGUUUACCAUUCUCUGAAAGUGCAUCUUUUAUGGAAUAAAAUACACAUUUGGUUGCUUUGAAAAUUUUACAUAUGUUGCAAAUUAACAAUAACAAUAAUUAACAAUAAGCUUUAUCAAACUAUCUUUAUUGAAAAAUCUCGAAUGUCCAGUUUAAAAUAAAAUUAUUAGGUUAAAACAAAUUAAAAAUUUAAAUAUUACCUUUUCUAUUUUAAAAUAUCCAAAUCCAAUUUAUUGUUUAGCUUGAAAUUUUAGAUUUUAAUUUUUGAGUUUCUCUUGCUUAUGAUAAAAAUUGAGUUUUUUGAGAAGCUGUUUUAUGAACUUCCCCUUGAAUUUAAAAGUUUUCGGAAAUAGCUCUGCUGCUUAAGACCUGUGCAUUUUUAAUUGAUUUAAAUUUUCUGUAUUAUAGUUGAGAGAAUGCUUUGACAGCAACUGGUAACUACAAAAUCUUUAUUUCCUUGUAAAAAGUGGGAUGUGAAAUCACCCUAUGGAAAUAUGUUAUAGACAUAGUAUUCCCAUUUCUAAAUAGGCUUCAUUAUUCUGAGCAAACAUAGUCUAGAUCUUCUCCAUUUUAGAUAAUUGUUUAGCUUAAAAUUUAGCUGCUAAAGAAAUCUAGAUGCCUGCUAUCUGACAAUCGCAUUUCUUAAAGGAAAAUGGUUUUGUUUGCUCUGAAUUUUAGGUGCAUUUAAUGAUUCAGAGCAUUACCCACCUUUUUGUAAAUGCUAAAUCUUGUAUCAUAAGUUGUUUUUGUUUCAUAGUUUUAUUAUAUUAAGAAGGUUGAAUUCUGUAUGUUUUUAUUUCAUAGUUUUAUGGUAUUAAGAAUGGAAUUAUUUGUACAUAGCCAAUUUAUAAGCAUCUUGGAUGUCAGAUGCAUUGUUUUUUAAUGCCUAAUUUUUUUUUUGUUUUUAAAUAUAAAUUUUAGUUUAAUUUUGUGAUAUUUCCUUGCUUUGUGUUUUAUUGAUGUGGUUACAUAUGGGUGGAAAGUUUUUCUUUUUCCUUUUUCUCAUAUAUAAAGAAAUUGUAAUUCUUACUGCAAAGAAAGCAAGACAAAACAGUAAAGCUACCUCUGCUGUUAACUGUGUACCUUAUUUGGAUGAAUCUAGUCUUUUAACUUCAUACUAAGGAAUGGGUUAUAUUUAUAUGAAGAUGUUAAGAAAUGCUUUUCAGCACUUUAUAAUAAAUGAAUUAGUUGUU